AUGUCAGACGAUAAAAAUAAAUCUGGAGAAGUAUUUGGUUUAACUGGAACAACAACUGGAUCAAGUGGUGAACAUUUAUCAACUACUGGAGCUAGUGCGUUAGGUACUAGUGGAGGUAGUGGUGAUAUGGGAAAUGAAAAAUCUAAAGUUGAUAAAGCAACUGCUGGUUUAGGAUCAACAACAACAACAACAACAACAACAACAACAACAGCUGAUACAGAUCAAGGAACACGUUAA